AUGAGUCAAGUGAGCCCCGGGCAGCGAGAAAACAAAAUGUUUCAGUUCCGCGGAGGCGGGAACAAAAAACCAUACACGUUCGCAAGCCAGCCCCAUGCACUGUUCGUGGCUGUCAGGACCACUCAGAUUGACAGGGAAAAGUGAGUACAGUAUAUUAUCGUUAUUCGUUAUCGCGAAUAAGUCGAAAAUUGAAAAAAAAAAAAUAUUUAUUUUUAAAUAUGUUAAUUUGAAGUGUUAAUAUUAUUAUGGUGAAAUUCUUAUUAACUAAAUUUGAAUAUAAAAUUGUAUUUAAUUUAUAACUACCUACCCACACUAAGUUACUUACUCUUGAUUUUUACAAGUUUCGUCAAAAUUCAUGUAACAAAAUUCCAAAAAAAAAUAGUAUAAAAUACGCGUAACUUUUUUUUUCUCCAACCGGUAACAAAAACUUUUGUUAGCACGUUCUGUACAAUUUUCGACCGUUUAAACCAACGGUUCUCAAAUUAUUUUAUUCAACGCCUCUUUUGUAGAUUUUUAGAAAUUUCUUGCCCCGUUCCCUUUUAACAACAUGAUGGGCAAAAAUAAAAGUUCAUUAAGCUCGAUAACAAACAAAUUUUAUCAAAAAUUAAAGCCGACCGGGCAACUGUCCCCUACCGCCUCUACCUAAUUAUGGCCUUGCACGUAAUAUUUAUCGAUACCUAAUCACCAGUUAUUAAUAAUUUCCUUACGUUGUAAAAUAAAAAUUUUACUUCGUGAUUGCGCGUCUCGAGCAAUUUGUUCAUCCUCCCCCACGUUUGGCAAACACUGAUUAAAACGAAUUAUGAAGCCAAAAACCAUCCGAAAUACAAAAAUUGAGUUGUGCUUAUAAUAGUAGUUAUAAGUAAUUAUGAAUUAGAUACAUUAAAUAUUAACAUUGUAUUAUAAGCAUUCCAAUAUCAGCUUUUUUCUACGAUUAUUGGAUUAAAACAAAAUCGAUUUUGAUUUUUGACAAAAUCCGUGAUGUAAAAAACUCCUUCUCUUCAACGUUCUUUUCUGGAUUCCUCCCUCCUGCUAUUAGAAAAAUACACAUACAAUAUUUUAAAAGGACCUCACCGACGCACAACCAGAACGAAACGACACCAGAAAACAUCCACGAACUGUUGUUGAUUGAUACCUGUAUGGAAUACAAAUAUUGGUGAAAAUGAUCAUAAAGGGGGCUUGAGAGGUAAAGAACUCAACAACCUCCCCCCCCCAAAAAAAAAAAUUAAGUGCAUAUCAAGUAAAAUCUAAGUAUACAUAAUCAAUAUUUAUCAAUAUUAUGAGAGCUUAAGACCCCUUCGAAAAUAUUUAGACUUUAGGCACCUAUGUCUAUAGUGUUCUAUAGACACCUGGUUAAAAAAAAUAAAUAAUAAAAACAGACGACGACUAUGUUUUACAGUAUUUUUUUUUUAUAAACCGUAGUAAUGGCAACGUACCUAUACUGAUUCGCGUGACAUCGUGUCACGUAAUUUGCGGUGGCACCCACCGAAGAAACGUGGUAGGGUGUGUUCCGUAGUUACUCUCCCCGUAAAUAGGUAUUGACAACCGUUAUGUCGUCAUUUUAUACAUUUUGCAUACAAUUAAUGCAAAAUAUUUUACGUACGAAACUUUGAACUAUGGAAGUAUGUACAUAAAACUAUCGAAAAUCUAUCAUAGUCACAACGAUAGAUUUCAUAUUCUUUUUUAUGUACACCAGGCAUUAGAAUGUAUUGAUAUCAACUAGGUAUGGUAAACAGCUCUUCGUUGUGUGAACACACACCGACACGAAGUAACGUUUACCUAUCAAAAAUAAUAUCAGAAUCGGAUUCACCAAACAAUCAACGUGCACCUACACAAUUUUUGCAUACCUUAUAGGCAACAACAAUAUUGUUUUCAUUUUUGAUACUCGAUAAUAUGGGACAGGUGCGCCACUGUUGUAGAUAUGAAGUUAAGAUGAUAGGAUACAUAAAGUUGUUUAAUUUUGAUCUGUUAUUUAAUUUAUAUUAACCAUUAUUAAUGGAAAACGAUUCUGAGCGAAGCUCGGUUAUACUAGUUUUGAAAUGUCUUAAUAUUUUUAAGAUUUUCGUCAAAAUUUAAUUUUUAAAACUCUUGAUAAAAAAAAAUUACAUUACUAUCAAUUUUUUUUACUAGAAAUUUAUUUUAAAAUUUGAGUAUAACAAAAACUACUGUAUAUUAUAGUUUUAAAAAGAUAUAUGUACCUACCAUGGAAAAUACUUUUUUUAAUUAAUAAAACUGCUCAGUUUUAUUCAUAUCAUAGUCAUGUCAUUAUUAAAAUAUGUUAAUACGAAUUUUCGAAAUUUGCAACGGUUUUUCUAACAAAUCAGAAAAAAAUAUUUUGAAAGUACUCUUUCAAAUCAUUUUCAUUAGAACGGAAGGACGUAACUCGUUAUUUUGUUAAAAUAAUAAUGAAUAAUACUGAAUCUGAAUUAUUUUGUUAACUGCCAUUAAAACAAUCACAAUACCAUGAAGUGAGCAUAAACGUGCGUUUAGUUCUUUGAAUAAUUUAGUGGCUAUUAAAGUAAAUACAUUAUGUUAGACCAUCAGUAUAAACAUUAAACCCGGCUCUUAUGUAUUAUGUAUUAUAAAGAAAUUUUCUGAAGAAGAAUUGUUGUCCUAAAAGGGAAAAUGCAGAAGCAAAACAAUUACCUACAGUUGUGGAAUGUUAUUUAAAAUUAAUAAGGUACCAAAUUGACCAGAGAAUAUAAAAAAAAAAAUAAUAUGUAUUCAUUGUAAUAUUGCUGGGACAUGUUAUUGAUAUAUUAUGUUGUAAUAAUUUGAUGAAGAAGAAUUGUUGGGGAGGCAUGGAGGGGUAAAACCCCCUACAGGUCAAGUUGAGUUUAAUCGUUGUGAAGGUCGCUAAUUUUUUUAAAGUCUUGAAGUUCCCUUUCUUUUAUUUUUCCAAUCCGAUUCCAAUCCAUUUCCUAAUGUUACUGCGUUAAUUUUGUCCUACACGAAUAAAAAGAUAAACGCUGCCAUUUUCACAAUCAAUUUUCGAAUUCAGGUCAAAUGAUAAUUAAUAAUGUGUAAACGUUUUUUUUUUUCACAGUAUGUGUAAACAAAUUGGUUACACAAACAUCAUGCACGACAAACGAGUGGUCAGAGGCAGCAAUUUCGCAAAAAAAACAUUUGUAAGUUAUAUUUGAAAACUCGAUUUAUUUGUAUUUUACAUAACAUAAAUAAUACUUAUUAAACAAUUAAAAAAAAAUAAAUACUUUUGAAAUAUUUGGCGUUCAAAAUGGAACCCACAUUUUAGGUGAGCUAAACGAUCGGGGAUAAGCGUCUUACUUAAACGCAUGCUCUGUAGUAUUUUCGUUAUAAUUAUUAUUAAACUGUUGUUCUUUACAGAUUCAGCCCGUAUCAUAGAAGGAGAUCUAUUAGGUUUACUAUGAUUUCUGUUUUUUAAAAUUAAAAAUUAAACUAAAUUUAAACUUUUGUUUGAGUCUGUAAACAACUUUUUGAAAAUAUACAUUGCUCCGAUGUAUAGAAACUUUUCUGAAAGGAAAUUUUAUUUAUUCGGUGUAUUAAAGAUGUCAUUUUUUUUUGUUGAUUUUCCAAAGAGUUUUUGAAAUUAUUGGAAAAAACCCGACAUUAAAUUAUAGGUAAAAUGGCAAAUAUUUACAGCACGUCGUAUUCUUUGUUUUUAAUUUUUGCAACUUAUGUUUUCUACCAGACUUAUUGGUUCAAUCGAAAAGUGACAUGAAUUGAUUUAUUCCUGUUAAUACAUAUCCAUUGGCAAACAAAUUUUUUUUUUUUUAUAUCUAAAGUAUUUUUUAUAAUAAUUACGAAAAGCCCAAGAAAACGAAAAAUACGAAUUUGUUUAAAUUACUGCGCAAUGAUUUCAUUAUUUUGAAUUUGAAUUUACUAGACACAUAGUUUCAAUAGAAAAACAAUUUGAUUUUGGAGUGGAGCGAAGAAGCUUAUGAUUUUACAAAAAUGUUUAUUUUUUUUUCUGUGGACAACUUUUUUACCAGAGGACUUGCUCCAGUUUUUACGAGUAGCAUCUUUUCUGAAAUGAAAUCAAUGUAGAGUGAGUGAUACUUUAAGGAGGUCAUUUUUCGAUUUUCUCAAGAGUUUUCUUAUCAAAUUUGAAAAACCGAGAUAAAACAUAAGAAAACCGGGAAAAACGUAUGAAAAUUGGGAAAAUCGUUACAACAUUAAACAAAUAUUAAAGAAAAUAUAUAAAGCCUAUUUAAUUAUUUUACUAUAAAAUGCCAUUUAUACUGUUGAUAAAACAUAACUAUGAACUGAACUCCGCUCAGAAUCGCUUUUUCAUAAGCAAUGGUUUAUCGUUGCUUAUACAGGUAUACAUUAAAUUAUUUAUAUUAGUGGCUGCACGCGUCCCCAUUAUCCUAGGAUCGUCUUUUGUUAACCUUGUUAGUGACGAUGACGAAAGUAAUUUUUUUGAUUUUCUUUGUAGUUUUUUUUUAAUAAUUGAGCAUAACCGAAAAUUUGAAAAUUUGACAGGAGAUUCAUUAUAAGUCGUAGUAAAAAAAUGUAGUAAUUUUUUUAUAUAUAAGGUUUAAAAUCAAAUUUUAGCGAAAAUCGUAAAUAUUACGGCCUUUGAAAACAUACAUAACUAGCCUUCGCUCUGAAUCGUUUUUCAUUAGCAAAUAUGUAUCGUUGGUUACAGGUAUAAAUUAAAUAACUUUAUGUAACCCACCUUUCUAAUUAUCCACCUACAACAGUAGUCACACCCGUCUUCAGUAUCAGCUCUUUUUUGUUCAGAUUUUUAAGUAUCUAUAACUAUAGAAACUAUAGAAAUAUUACACCACUAAAUUAUAUCACAAUAAUAAUAAAUGAUAACCAAAAUGUUAUUUAUUUCCAGCCAAAUUUCCAUAAAGAAUCCACUGCGUCGCGCGAGGCAGAAGCUCGUCGGCGUGCCAUGGCUCGAAAAAAGGCGAUCGACUACCAAACGAGAGCGUUGCGAUUGCACCUCGGAGCGCCAAAACUUACCAAGGGUCUUCAGAACGUGGACAUUCAAACUGACAUACAUCUGGAAGAAGUAAAUUCGAAAUCACCGUAAUAUAAACUUUGAAAUAUAUAGUAAAUUAUAGUGAUGGUUACAAACGAAUAGUUAGUGUUGUUGGUCAUCUACUUGGAACCAAAAAAUUGUGUUAAAUAAAUUUUACAACUUUUUAAAUCUUUUCCAACAAUAUCUAACAAGUCAGAAUAGAGAUUUUCGGAAUGUUUUUUAAGUUUGUGUAAACUGUGUGACGUUAGUUUCACGUACCUGACAUUACACGAUAUUCGUAUCACUUAGUAUACUAGGUUAAAAUAUCCAUUAAUUCCAAUUGUUUUUCAAAAUAUUUGAAUACAAAUAUUUAGUGUUAGAAAAAUAUUUGAUAGUUCAUUUAAAUUCUUUACUAUAGAUAGUAUAGUAAUUCAUCAAAUAAUUUUGCCAUACGAUUAUAAUAUAAAGAAUAUACGAAUACGAAAUAAUACAUAUAUAAUAAAUGUUAUGAUACACACAUAUGAUCUUUAAUUGAUAUUUAAGAUUAAUUAUGAUAAGCCAAAAUUUAAAUUGUAAAAAAAAAAAAAUUCUUGCACUUUUCGGUAGUUGUACGAGUAUCCGGAAUCGCAGACGAUCGGGGCCCAGACUGUAUUCGAUCAAGAGCCGUUAUCAAAUCCGAGAUCAGGAACGUCCGCCGGCACAGACGCAUCUACCCAAGUAGACGAUAUAGAUGUAAGUCGAGUACAGUAUGACAACAAAUUAUUUAUCUAAACUAGGCACGUUUGAUUUAUAAUAAUACUUCACAUACCUAGUAAUUGAGAAAUCGUUAACAUAUUGUGUAUAUUUCAAAUAUUACUAUUACAAAAUAUUUAUUUUAAAAUAAUUCAAUAAGUAUAUUUAUUUUUUUUUUACAAUUUAGCUAUUCGAUUUUGAAACCGAGGUGACACCCAUAUCUGAGUCUUUGAUCACGGAAGCUUUUAGGCAGGCGAUGCUUGAAGUAUUGUACGAAGACGAGCUAGACGUAAGGGCCCGACAGCAGAGAACAUUUUACCGGCAUUGCAUUAUCGAAAAGGUCGAAAUGGAUAGAGCGAAGCACGAAGACAAAAAUCUGAAUAAAGUUGUUGUGAGUAUCUAUAAAAAGGAGGCAGAUAUAUGCACCUCAAACUUUUAAAUAUAUAUCCAAAUAUGUACUAAGAAUACCAAAAUUGUUUUGACCAACCGAAAUAAAUAAAACUAUAUAAAUGUCUUCCUGAAUACUAACAAUCUCGUUUAUUAAUCAUAUUAUUUUACAUGCAUUUGUCAAAUAAUAAAUUAAUAACCUAGCUCGUAAAAAAUAAUAUGUAUCAUUUGUAUUGAUUAUUAUAAGGUAUAAAUUCGAAAUAGUGUACAAUAACUUGCAUUGAUUACAGGACGACCGCGCUGGAUUUAAUAAGAAUAACGAGAAAAUCGAAAAUACUCGACAUGCAUCGACUAAAUCGAAUGAUUUACAGCUUAUCACUGCGAAUACCAGUGACAACUCAAUCAAUAUAACUGAUGCACCUGUAGUAGAAAGUAAACGUUUUUCGACUCUGAUCCAAGAUUAAAGAAUGACAUUUAACCAUAUAUGUUAACUCUGCAAUAGGUCAAGAACUCGUGUCCUGGCUCAAAAAAGAACUGCACGCCGAAAAUGACGAAAUGUUAAAAGGUAAUAACAUGUUGUUUGACUAAACGUUUAGAAAUAAUAUUGAAGGGGAGGGCAAUAUUUUAUUUAUUAUUAUACAAAUUCCAAACCUAACCGUUAUAAGGAGGUUGUACUAUAAUUUCUAUUUUCUAUUAUAUAGGAGACAAACAAAUAUUUCGUCUCGGGGUACUAUAAUGUUUAGCUAUAUCACUGGCCGUACCUCUCUCCUAAAUAGGCACCAGGGAGUAGAUUAAUAAAAAUGUCUUAUUAAUAAGGUGGUAAUUAAAAUGUAAAACAAUAAAAUUGGAGGAAAUUUGAAAAACGGUCACCAAUCUCUUUAAGUAAAUAUUAAAAUUGUACAACAUUUUUGUGUGUAUAGAUAUAGUACGGGACCUCGUACAGCGUCGGUUAGAUGUACACAACAAAAUUACAGAAGUGCAAAACAUUAAAAAAUCUGAAGAACUAUUCCGAGAAAUUGAACCAAAUACGUUACAAUCUGACCAAACCACGAACAAUAAAUAA